AUUAAAAGACGAUCACCUGAAUUUAAUCAAAUCAUCAGAAUUCCCAUCAACGGGUUUUUCAAAAAGUAUCGAGGUGGUGAGUUUAUAAAAGUUGCAGAUUUUGGAAAAUUGUGUAAGGUUUUCUACCAAAACAUUUUACUCUUCUGUAAGCAGGUUCGACCUUUACUGAAUAUUGUAAGCUUGGUACUGACCUCUAUCAACAACCGUAAAUAAGUAAAUUCAAAAGGUUUAAUUCUUCCUUAAAUUGAGAGAUUGAUUAGUAAACCAGUCUCGGGAGAGUCGGCGCAUAAUGAGCUGUACGUCCUAAGUGGGCUCCGUUUGUUCUCCGGGUCAUUCUCACACCCAGUUGUCAAUCUGCAGCCUCCCACGUGGUCAGGCAGGGCGGCGUAGCCACACCAGUUCAUCGCGCAACUUUUAGAAAGGAAAACAUCUGAUCCAAUCGUAUCCCCGCAUAAAGCUCCGAUGUGAGUCUUUUCUGGUUGGUCUCCGCGUUGCUCCCAUCUGUCCGUGGUUCAAACCCUGCGCGCACUGCUGCUUCCUCUUACUCCAGGACAAAUUUAGGAUUGCGCUUUGAAGCCUGAGCCCACUGUGCUGCUGUCUGGUGUUGUUAACUGAGCAAGGAGCGCUGCUUACUUACUUCACCGAACUUUAUUGCAACUUGUUGACAGGACUGCAUCAACAAAAGGAAGGAAUUUCGGUUUGGUUCUGGUCACCGUUUGGGAGUUUUGAAGCAUGGAGAAAGCCAGCAGCGGGUCUAACGGGGAAAGCAAGCCGGUGUGUCAGUGUACCUCCAAGUCCGGAGUCCAGCGGUGGCUGCCUGGCUUUCCCGUCGCUCUCUGCCUGCUCAUGUCUCUGAGCUCAGUCACCGUGUGUCUUCUGAUGAGCUUCAGGACCCACCGGCUGGAGAACCGGCUGCACAUGGAGAUGGACAAGGCGUCCAUCCUCCAGGCUCCGCAGAGGUCCUUCAAAUACGAGGAUGGGACUCUCGUUUCAGAGCUCAGCGCCACAGUGGGAACGCUUGUGGAGGAGAAAGUGUCAGCUCUGAUGCCGAAAAUGCGGACCGCUAGGGAUGUUGGCCAAGAGUGCUCCUGUCCUCCAGGGCCUCCAGGAAAACGCGGACGCAUCGGAAGAAGAGGGGAACCUGGGCCUCCUGGCAAAGUUGGACGGGAUGGAUACCCGGGGCCUCUCGGCUUGGAUGGCAAACCAGGUUUACCAGGUCUCAAAGGAAGUCAGGGCCUGCCCGGACCCAAGGGAGAGAAGGGCGACCAAGGAGACAUUGGGCCAAGGAUGGUUUUCCCCCGAUAUGAUCACAGCUUUCUCGCUGGAGAGCAGUCCAGCAGCUUUCAGAGACGCUUUCUGAAGGGUGAUCAAGGUCAAGCUGGACCCGCCGGACCUCCCGGUCCUCCUGGGCCUCCUGGCGCCCGUGGACCCCCAGGAAACACCGGGAAGGAUGGGCCCGGUGGAGAGCCGGGUUUGCCAGGUCGGGAUGGUGUUGAGGGACCGCAGGGACCGCCUGGGAAACCGGGAGAAGAUGGAGAGCCUGGCUAUCCAGGAGUGCAGGGCCCUCCAGGGCAGAGGGGGCAGCCAGGUAUGGGAGAGAAAGGAGAGAGAGGCAUGGAUGGAGUCCCAGGAUUAAAGGGCGAUAAAGGAGAAGCAGGAGAACCAGGACCACAGGGACCCAUGGGCUUUCCCGGUGAAAAGGGCGCUGCCGGCUCCUCAGAUAUUGUCGAUUUCAACGGGAAGCUCCUAGAUGCUUUCCAGGCCAUCAAAACCAUCAGCGUUUCGGGCCCACCUGGACCACCAGGACCUUCUGGCCCUCCAGGGGAAAAGGGAGAGCUUGGAUUGCCUGGGCCUGCAGGAGUAGAUGGAGAAAAGGGAUCCAGAGGUGAUUUGGGUGAAACGGGACCUCCUGGUGAGAGAGGAGAGAAAGGAGAGAUGGGUCUGUCUGGACCUUCUGGGAUGGACGGACAGAAGGGGGAAAAAGGAGACUGCCGGCUGGAUGACAACCUGAUUCAGAUGAUCUCUCAGCCGGGCGCUCCUGGUCCUCCGGGCGCUCCAGGAAUGCCCGGGUCCCCAGGAUCCAUGGGUCUGCAUGGUAUGCCCGGUCCUAAGGGCGAACCAGGAGCUGGGAUCAAGGGAGAGAAAGGAGAGCACGGGUCUCCUGGAUACAAAGGGCUGGACGGCCACCAGGGCCCACCUGGGGCCCCUGGGUUAGUGGGCCUUCCAGGUGCAAAGGGGGAAAAGGGCCGACCGGGGGAGCCGGGACUAGAUGGUUUUCCGGGUCUGAGAGGAGACAAAGGUGAACGAGGAGAAAAAGGAGACAAGGGUGACAGAGGGACGGUGGGGAAGAGAGGUUUGAAGGGCAACAAGGGAGAACAAGGUCCUCCAGGACUGGACCAGCCCUGUCCUGUGGGCUGUGGUGAGAGUAAAGGUCACUCUGUGAAGGCAGGGCUUUCUUCUCCUGAAACUGCUCCUCUUCCUCCUUCUGGCCCUGAGGCCCCCUGUCCUGUGGGACAUGACGGGCUUCCAAUACCAGGCUGUUUGCAUAAGUGAUGACUAACCAGCAGCAUGGGACCUGUACAUAUUGAUAUGGUAUAUUUUGCAGCAGUGUACUACCCCAACAUCCUCUUUUUCCUCCCUUUUUUAAAAAAAAAAUAAAAUCCUAUUAUAUAAUAUAUUGAAAGAUAAAGAACAAGGACAUUUUUAGCCUUUUUGUAAAACUCACAAUGCAGUGCGAAAGCAGCCAUGAACUGGCAGUGGGACUUUUAGCUUGAAGGACAGUCCAAAUGUCAGUGUUGGAGUAGAAGAGUGCCUCGCUAACAGAGUGUGACUGACGUGUGGUAACCACAAGUGGCAUAGCGGCUGUAUGAUGGUGUGUGCACUCAUCCAGAUCUCACCGAUGGAUGGAUGUUCGAAGGGAUGGGAUUUUUUUUUUUUUUACGGAGGAGUUUGGAGUCAGUGCUCUCUUGUCCUCUCUCUCUCUGUGUGUGUUUUCUACAAGGAGGAAAUGGCGAGGCAGAAGCUCAAACGUAAGCGUCUCUCUCAGCCCUGAGACAAAUGGAGCCCCGGCGGGGAGAGGACACACAAACGGGCAGAGAGAGUGAAACAAAAGGGCUUUUACUGAAGAAGAGCUUCAUAUCUGAUGCCUCUGCGUCACACUCAGAUCUUGCAUUACAGAGACUCUCCAGGAGGGGGCGACAGAACUCUGCAUUUCCACAUUCACCCCUGAUGGGAAAGAAACCUGUUGCUGAUGAUGUUGCGCGGUAGCUUGAUAACCAGUGGAAGUUUUCUGGGAGUCACUGACGUCCCUGGCACAUAAGGAAGGGAAUUACUGUGCAGAUAGUCUGUUAUAAUAAUAUGUCGUUUGAGAUUGUUGUAAAAUAUUAGUGCAUGGCAGUAUUGUUUAGCACCCUGACAGCAUGUGGGACUUCCAGUCAAACCCUGACACGACAGAAUAUUCAUUUUUGUUUGCAGUAAGCAUUAUUUACAUAUACGAUCCCUUCAAAAUACCAUUAAGUCAACUAAUGUAAAGCUUACAUUUUGUGUGUUGUAUUAGUUUUGCAUAUUGUUGUUAUGUUUCUCCAGUUACAGUUUGCAUUCCUGUGUAUUCGUUUGAUUGCCGAGUAAAAUUUGAAGGAACCAUUUGCAGUAUUUUGGAUCAAUCAGUGUUGCCAUGGGAAAUAAACGUCCUCAGCUGAUGCAGUUCGAAUCAUCGAAGAUUGCUACUUACAGUAUUUUGGACAACAGUAGAAGUUUUUUGCUGCUGACUUAAAUGUGUGCUUGUUUGGUUGUUUUUAUAAAUAUAUAUAUUUGUGAAUCAAUUUUAGCUUUGAAUUUAAGAACCAUUACUUAAUAUUUGAAACAAUUACACAUGCAAUAAUUCUUCACUGGUCUCAACUUUGACUUUCUCUCAGCGAUAUAUGUCCCAGAGUUGUUGUUGUUGUUGUUUUGCUGUAUGGAUUUUUUUUUAUUUGCAACAAAAACUAUCUUUGUUAUCAGGUGACAUUCGUUUUCUGUGAUAUUGUCAACAAGUCUUUCUCAGACGGACUCAUUUCUUGGUGCUUCAGUACUUUUUCUUUUGCAAAUCUUUAUCAUGAACAGUGGUGGUUUUUGAAUGCCUAGCGCCCAGGGCAAGCCCCUCCCACCCCUCUCUUCCACUUCAAACCAAUCAAAAUCAAGGAAAUUAACAUUUCUUUUCUGGAUAAAAUACAGUCCUGCACAAAGCAUACUCCUACUUUCAGCAACAAGCAGGGUGUGAGAACUCUUCAUUGACAAUAAAUAUAUAAAAACAAUAAACUUAUGUAAUCCUCAACCUACAGAAAACAGGUGCUUAUGCCACCCCUUUCUAAUGUCUCCCUGGGUAACUACCAAUAUGACCGAUUUUAAAAAACGCCACUGGUCAGCUGUCUUUCAAAACACACACAUGCAGACUUUUCAACAACCUCUUAAAGUCGUGUUUGUUCUGUCUUGUACAUAUACAUCAUGAAAUAUGCUGAUAUGUUUGGAAACAUAUUGGAAAUGUAAUCAGAAUGUGGACAGAACACACAAAUAUACAUUAGUGGAGUUUUGUGUACAUUGAUAUGUGUUAUUUGAUGUUUUGCCUUAAUUUUACAUUAUACUACACCCAGUAUUCUAACACUUAAACAUAUUUCUGUCUCAGUGUUACUGCAGUUUUAAGGAGAGUUCCCUGAAUUGGUUCAGGUUUAUUUGGAAGUGGAAAUGUUUGAGUGGAUUGAAAAGGUGUACUUGUACCUAUUAAAAUGUCUUUGUGUGUGUGGGUGUGUGUGUGUGUGUGUGUGUGUGUGUGUGUGUGUGUGUGUGUGCGCGUGUGUGAGAGAGAGAACCAGUUCUAGAGCAUCUGAACUAUAUUUCAGAUUAAUCGGAUUAUUUGAUUAAGGACAUUCACGUUUAUACAACCAGGUUGUUGCAGUGUUUUUGUUACAUUUUUGCCCCCAACAGAUUUGCAAAAACAAUGAGAGGGUACACAGUAUUAAACAUGAGCAUUUGUGCAGUUGUAUUAAUCUGAGAUAUUUGAAAUGUGUGUUGAGUGGAACUUUAAAAGUGUUGAAGCAGAUGAGUAAUAGGAUCUGUAGUGCUUGAGUACGCAAUAAUUACUCAUUCAAGAGUUUCUUGAAUGUGUUUAUCGAUUCAGUCUGUUCAGAUUUUUGACUGGAAGCAUCACGUUUAAACAUCUUAAUUUGAACAAAAAAAAUCUGAAAAAUUAUUCAAGAAAGAGAAGUCCUGUUUUUCUUUAUUCAAGUACUCAAACUUCAGUCAAUAAAAAAACAAAAAAACAUUAUUUUAUGUUAUGCCAAAAUAAGCUGGUGGCUAUCUGCUUUGUGUUUAUUGCUUUCACAGAUUCUUUCAGCACUAUUUUCUUGGUAUAAUGAAGUUGAUUUGUGAUUAAAGUUUCAUAUUUUAUUCAAUCUUA